AGCUUGUUGAUCACAUCCGGGCCAUCAAGGCCACAAACCUCAAACGUUCGUCCACGGUGGACGAGGACGCCAAACGUUUGAACGGGAGCCUUUACGAUUUGUUCAACGAUUUCUUGGGAGACGGCCAAACCGAGGAGGGCAACGAAGAGGAAGGGGAAGAGGCGACGGGGCCGGAGGAGGAACGAGAGACGCGGGCGCCGAGCGAUGCCGGGAAAGAGCUGGAGACCAUACAGGAGAAGGUGGAUCACGUGGACGACGACACGACCACCCAGAGCGAGAAGUCGACCGUGUCAACGGCCCACACGGAAGAUUUCCAUUCUGUGAGCCAGAGAAUGUCGGACACCAUGUCCACCAAGGGUUCUUCCCAGUUCAGUCGCAAGAGCACCGAGGUG